GAUUGGGGUUUGUGUGGGGUAAAAAUACUCGUGAUCUCAGCGUUAUGGAUUGAUUAGCCUUCUGGACAAGACAUACGAAUGUGCAGACGUCAGGAUUAUUGUGGGUAUUUAUGGGCGAGCCUGACCUGCCUCGUGAAAACGAUGUAAACCACUCAUUGAUGAUGUAGAUAGGUCAACAGAGUAAUUAGCUUUAAAAAUGGACUCGUUAGUUCAUGAGAGCAGCACCAGCUCUCCAUUCAAUGAAACACCAAACUGCCAGGAGGUGGCUCGCUACGGGAAUAAAACUCACAUUUUCCUGUAUGACAAGUAUAAUGGCAUACCAGAUAACCUGAUUAUCAAUGUUGUUGUAUUUGUGUGCCUUUUGUUCUUAUUUACAAUACUGAGGAAGAUUGCCUGGGAUUAUGGACGUUUGGCUUUGGUGAACAGGACAGAGGAAAAUGAUGGGAUGCCCUUGGUAUUUCGAAAGCCAAAGGUUCAGGGGAUUAAUGGCAACAAAUCCAGCUAUAAUGUAUGGACAUCAUUAUUUUUUGGUGACCGAGACCGGAGGUCAAUGCAUGGCUCUCAGGAAUCCCUGGACACAGCAGUGACCUCACAAGACAAGGGUGUAUUCCGUUGGAUAAUUGCAUUUUGGAGACUGAGAGACGUGGACAUCCUGAACAAGUGUGGUAAAGAUGCCAUCCAGUACUUGUCUUUUCAGCGCUACCUGCUGGUCUAUAUCACCAUAGUUACAGUUUUGUCUGUGGGAGUUAUCCUCCCAAUCAACUUUCAGGGAUCACUGUUGGGAACAGCUGCUGAUUUUGGACACACAACAAUUGGUAAUUUAGAAUCAAAUGAUCCAAUCCUGUGGGUCCACGCUGUCAUGGCUGUUGUUUAUCUUGUCAUCGUCAUCGCUGUCCUCAGUCACUUCCGUCUGAACCUGGAUGUUGAGGAGGACGAGCAGGUGAGCAGGACACUGAUGAUAUCCAACUUGCCCAAACACAAGUGUUUUCACAGCGUCAUGUUGCAACACUUUCAAGAAGCCUACCCAGAGUCUACAGUGACUGACAUCCAGUUUGCUUAUGACAUCGCUGGCCUGGUUUUACUGGACAAACACAGACGCAGUGCUGCUGAGGCCCGGCUGUUUUGUGAAAUGGACUAUAAAAAGACUGGCCAGCGUCCAGUGAUGAGACCAGUGGUCUGUGGCCAGAUCUGCUGCUGUUGUGCUCAGGUGGAUGCCAUGAACUUUUACCAAGAUGAAGAAGCUGAGCUGAAGAAGGCUUGUGAGGAAGAGAAGGUCACAGCGUACCAGACCCCACUGGGAAUUUCUUUCAUCACUUUAGCCUCUGAAUCUCAGGCCCAGAGGAUCAGAACAGAUUUCCGUGCCAGCUGUAAGGGAACCCACAACCCCCAGAUGUCUAGCUUGUACCAGGAGCUCCAGGUGCAGAACUGGAUCAUGCAUUUUGCUCCAUCACCUGAGAACAUUUACUGGGAGAAUUUGUCAGUACCAGACUGGCGCUGGUGGACAGUGGCUAUCUGCACAAAUGGUUUCCUGGUGGUACUCCUGUUUUUCCUGACCACACCCAUCAUGUUCCUGCACACCCUGGACAUGCUGAACAUUGACAUAACAAAACCUGUGGAAAACUUACAUAGUGCUUACCUGGUCCAGUUUUUACCUACACUUCUGCUGUGGCUUUUCUCAGCUCUGCUGCCAAACAUAGUCUACUGGUCAGACCAGAUCAUUGGACAUUGGACCAGGACUGCUGAGCACCAUGCCAUUAUGAGGAAAACAUUUAUAUUUCUUCUCUUCAUGAUUCUUAUUCUACCGUCUCUUGGACUAACCAGCGCUAAAGCACUUUUUGAGUGGAUCGUAAUAGGCCGUGAACGUAAACUCCAGUGGCAGUGUAUCUUUUUACCUGGCAAUGGAUCUUUCUUUGUGAAUUACAUCAUCACAUCGGCAUUUAUUGGAACAUCCCUAGAGCUACUGCGCUUCUCUGAACUCUUUGUGUAUGGGGUGAAACUGUUGUUUGCAAGGUCCCAGGCAGAGCGUGCUGCUGUAAGAAAGUCAGCCCUGUGGGACUUCCAGUACGGUAUCCAGUAUGCUUGGAUGCUAUGUAUGCUAGCUAUCAUUGUCAGCUACAGCAUUCCUUGCCCAUUGGUCACUCCAUUUGGUUUGAUCUACCUGUUGUUCAAGCAUGUGGUAGACCGCUAUAACAUUUUCUUUGCCUACAACUCCUCACGUAUUGACAAGCACAUCCACGGCUCCGCUGUGACAUUUGUCUUGUGGGCCGUCAUACUUCUCCAAGUCAAUGUUGUCUUCUUCACUGGCCUGAGAGCAGAAGGAUUUGAUCCAGUGUUCAUCUUCUCUGCUGUUGCUUUGUUCAUCACGUUGAUUAUAUUUGUUGGCCGUGUCAGUUUUGGUUGGUUCAAAUAUCUGAGACCAGCUAGAUACAGGAAUUUUGAAGAGAGUGAGCCAGAUACAACUACACCUGACGACUCUUCUGACACAAGCAUUUCAAAACCAUUUGUCGCUGGAGUGCUGACUCAGGAUUUAUCUAUUGACCACGAGUCCAACAGUCGCGGUGGUGGCUAUGGUGCUAUUGAAAACACUGGUGCUGAUGACUUCUCCACUGUUCUAUCUUCUACCAGACCCACACUUUCCUAAGCUGUUCUAUCUUCUACCCACACUUUCCUAAGCUGUUCUAUCUUCUACCCACACUUUCCUAAGCUGUUCUAUCUUCUACCAGACCCACACUUUCCUAAGCUAUUCUAUCUUCUACACACACUUUCCUAAGCUAUCUUCUACCAGACCCACACUUUCCUAAGCUGUUCUAUCUUCUACCCACACUUUCCUAAGCUGUUCUAUCUUCUACCAGACCCACACUUUCCUAAGCUAUCUUCUACCAGACCCACACUUUCCUAAGCUGUUCUAUCUUCUACCCACACUUUCCUAAGCUGUUCUAUCUUCUACCAAGUCUCUACUUCCUAAAUCUCUUUAUUUUAAUAACUCCCACGUUCAGCCGUUGUUAAAAUAUUUUUGUCAUUGCCUUUUCAUUUCGCCUGCACUGUAUUUAUUCGUUAUCAAAACAUUUUUAUCUCAACUUUUUCUUUCACUAUUUUUAAAAAAAAUUGGUAUUAUUUUUUUUCUCCAAUGUGAUAUUAUAAUUACUGCUAAAAAUUAAAAUUUUUGUUACAAACUUCCUUCUCUAGUCAGCUGUGGUAAAGUGGAUCUUUUAUUUCGUCAAACUUAUCACUCCAGUGAUACUUUUUAUUUUUUAACUAUCCUUGUUCAAAUAAAACAAAGGAAUAUUGAUGAUCUAAAGUAAAGUUAUUAUUAUAACUUAAUCUUAACUUAUGAAUCAAAUCAGAAACAUUUUUGUUAAAGAUUUUCAUUGUCCUUGUGAAAAAAAAAUGAUUGUCUAUAGUAGCAAGAGUAUAAAAACCAUUAUUUUUUGCCUAUUGAUGAGGAAUGUGGGAGGAAUUAUAUAAUUCAUACUUAACUAGUACAUUAAAUAAUGGUUGUUUUUUUUUCUUUAUUUUUUGUGUGUGUAAUUAAACAAUAUGUUAAUCUGGAAUGAGCCUAUUACUUACUGUGUACAGAUUGACAUACCUAUGUUGAUGCUUUCUCAAGCCUUCAUUUGAUGGGUGAUUUGUUGUCUAUACUUUAUGUUGAGAUUCAAACUUUAUAAAGUAUUUUCCUAGGAAUUUAUCUCUGAAUUUUCUAAUGUUUGAUGGCAGUAUACGCAAGACAGUUUUAGACUUGGCUUGAUGAAGUGUAGGAUUUAGUUUUGGUUCACUUCUGCUAGGUUUGAAAAGACAACAGUAGACUUGUUGGUGUUGUGGUGUAGUGUAGGUUUUACUUCUGGUUACCUUCUGCUAGAUUUGAACUGGUUUAAGAACAGAACCACAGCAGGAAUAUUUUAGCAGUUUAUUCAUGACAAUAGAACCCAAUUAUUUUAAGCUUAACAAAUAAUUACUGUAAAAAUUAUUUUUUCCAUCUUCUCACAUUGUCAGUGGCAAACAUUUUUUAAAGCGAUUACAGCUUGAAUUAUACAUAGCAAACAUUGUUUUGUUUGGCUUAAGUUAAAUAUUGUGACAGUGAUGUAACAUGGCUUGUCUCCCUUUGUGCAGGACACUGGUGUUGUUGAAACAAAAAAUGACCCCAGGUUUUCUGAAAAAAUUCCAAAUACAUGUCCGACGUAUUACAUUUUUUACUGAACAGUUGACUUGUACUUGUAGUAAACAUUUGUUUGAUAUUUUAUUAAUGGUGAAUUAGAAUCUUAAUUUGCAUAAUUUAAUUUAUAUCGACUGAUUUACUUAGUGUUUGUUAAAUGUUUUUAAGUAAUACAUGUUGGCUGUCCAGGGGUGUCUACAGUGAAAAUAAUAGAUCAACUCUAGAUCCAGAUUAGUAGCUGGUCACAGCUAACUGACUAGAUCUAGACUCUAGAUCUAGCUGGAGCUUUUCAAAGUCUAGUUGUUACUAGUUGGUGCUUCUGUGUCCUGUUUUUACACUGCCCCAAUUAGUUAUUUUUUCUACAGUGCUUAUUUAUAUACUGUGUAGCUUACAUGUUACUGCCUAAUUUUUUGUUAAAACAAGAAUCAUACUAGAAAGAUAGAUCUAGUUAAAUCUAUUAUAAUUAUAUUCGUUGAUUUGAUCAAAAUGACAUUUUUGUUGUAUUUGUAUUUAAGAGUAAUGUCCCUUUGGCUGUUGUUGGUGAUGUACUAAAUAAAGUGAUUACUUAAUA